UGGAGGUCUCUGAGAGCGGUCUGCGCACUUCCGGACCCCCGGCUGACUCGCGGUGAUCGGCACCGCGGACCUGGCCGGUUCUGAGGCCCCCGCGGCAUCUAGGACUGGCAAUUCUCUCCGCCCGAGCGGUAGAGAGGGCACGUGUGGCACAGCCACGGCUGCAGAGCUGGUGGACGCUGGGAGGGGUGCUGUGCUCGGGGGGUCCGGUGGGCGGCUCCGUCUGACGUCUACUGGGGAGGGUCGGGGUUCCUGUCUGGUUUGGGGCGGGGGCCGUGGGCAGGCUGGUCUCACUGCUUUUCUGUCGUCAGAGCCCACGGUCCGCAGGGGGCUUAGCGCGCUGGACCCAGUGACAGCCUUGGCCCCGGUGAGCUGGGGGCCAGCUCUCCCCCGAAUGGUUACCCCUCUUUCCCGACGGUGGAUUUGUUUCCGUCCCUUGACCCGGAGCUUCUCUGCCCAUCCAGGUCCCUGAACUCCCCUGGCGCGGCGCGGCCUCCUGUGGCCGAGGAGGGACUGCUGAGGAAGAGCCCACCCCCCCCCCCCGUCCGACCCUCCGUCACUCCUUCGGACCCCACAUCGCAGCCAACGGUGUUCUUAGUGUCUGGCAAAGUCUUAGAAUCAGCCUGGGACAAGGUGGCUCAGUCUGCAUAUUCCAGCUCCUUUGUACCCCCAGACCGCCGCCUGGAGGCAGGAGCUGAGCCUCCAGCCCACGACGAAAGAAAAUGCGCGUGAGAGAGGUGUUCAGAGCCACCCAGCUUACUAGAGGCCGAGCCAGCACUAGCGCCCAGGGCUCCCGUCCGCCAGGCGGGGGCUUCCUCCCGUGCGCCUCAGGUCAUCGCUAAAACCCGUCCCUUCCCACCUUCCACCCCUUCAGACCCUCCCACGGAUUUCCUCUCCUCCAGGGGAAGGACUCUGAUAGGCGGUCAUGGAGAGAAAACCCAUGUCUCUGCAGACUUCUUGGACCCAACUCCCGUGUGUCUCUAUCCUGAGUAGGAACAUACCUAAGACCAGCCUCGUGUGUGUUCAGGAGAGAGAUAGGUGUGGGGUCCCGUUGAUGCUUCCAGCCACAGUAAAUUUGCUCCUGAACCUUCGUGUUCCUGUUCCCUGGCAGAAUGAGGAAAGGAGGAAGAGGGCUCAGGAGAAGCCAUCAGAUCUUGUCCCAUAUUUGGUGUCUGCUUUUCCCGGCCCGUCAGGGAAGGACCAUGUGCCAGGGGUCACUGUCAUUCAGAGACGUGGCCGUGGGCUUCACCCGAAAGGAAUGGCAGCAGCUGGACCCCACACAGAGGACACUGUACCGGGACGUGAUGCUGGAGAACUACAGCCACCUGGUCUCAGUAGGGUGUCAAGUCACCAAGCCAGCUGUGAUCUCCAGGUUGGAGCAAGGGCAAGAACCAUGGAUGGAGGAGGAAGAAAUCCUCAGAUGGAGCUUUCCAGAAGAAAUUUUGCAAGUUGGCCGUCCAGUAGGUAGACAACAGGAACACCAAGACAAACUUCUGAGGCACGUUACAUUCCUAGACAAGCAAGAACCAACCAAGAAAGGGCACCGCGAGGGUGACACAAUUGAAAAGACAGUCUGUCAGGACACAGACCUUGCUCCUUCAAAACAGCAGGUCCAUACAUGUGACUCGUGUGGAAUGAGUCUGCCAUGCAAAGUGGAUGUUAGUCCCAAUGCCUACCUUGCGAGAAGGAGAUUUGAGUGUGAUGGACAGGGGAACUUGUUUCUCUACUCCAAGCUCGAAACUCCCCCUUCCGGAGUGCGGCCUCGUGAGUGUGACCAGUGCAGGAAAGCCCUCCACCAGGACCAGGCCCUGAGUGCCCACCGGGGAGCUGGCAGCGCCGAGAGAGCCCACAGGUGCCCGCAGUGUGGGAAAGGCUUCUCCUGCGAAUCGGAACUCAGUGCACACCUGGGGGUGCACGGGGGCAAGCAGCCCUCUGCACACGGGGCACAGGGGCUCAGCUGCAGGGUUAGCCGUGGAGGUCACCCCAGAGAGAAACCCAGGGGAGACGGCCGCGGCAGGACAACGCCAUCUCAGAAGACGAGCCUGUCGGUGCCUGCUGCAGCUCUUGCUGGAGGAAAGCCCUACAAGUGCUCCGAGUGCGAGAAGAUGUUCUCCCACAAGUCCCGCCUCAUCGAGCACCACCGGUCUCACACGGGGGAGAAGCCCUAUGGCUGCAAAGAGUGCGGGAAGUCUUUCUCGCGCAAGUCGUGCCUCAUCAUCCACCACCGCAUCCACACCGGGGAGAAGCCCUAUGGCUGCAGCGAGUGUGGGAAGGCCUUCUUCCAGAAGUCGCACCUCAUCCUGCACCAGAGGACUCACACGGGCGAGAAGCCGUACAAGUGCAGCGAGUGUGGGAAAGCCUUCUCGCAGAACUCCUGCCUCAUUAUACACAAGCGAACUCACAUGGGCAAGAAGCCCUACGAGUGCUCCGAGUGUGGGAAGACCUUCUCCCAGAAGGCCAACCUCAUCCGCCACCACAGAAUCCACACCCGGGAGAAGCUGUACGGGUGAAAGGAGAGCUGGGCUUCGGCCCGAGUCAUGGAACGUCCGCGAAUGUCACACCUCUGGAUGUUGUGAGUGUGGAAAACCCUUCUGCAGGAAGUCCAGUGCCAUGGGUGUGCAAGGGAUGCAUACCGAGGUGAAAUUCGACCAGUCUGGAGAAUUAGGAAGAGCCUGUCUCUUAAAACCAUGACAGGAGGGUAAUGAUGCUCUAGAGUGAUAUAUUUUUAUAGGCUAUGCCUCAUUAUAAAGUCUAUCUAUCUGCAUUAACUGUGGCUAUGGAGCUUUGAAGUCUGUGAAUAAAUUAAAUCAUUAAGACAACAGAUCUAAUAAACAUCAGAGCAAUCCCA